AUGGAGAUCCUAAGUUGGAACUGUUGGGGGCUUGGGAACCCCCGAACACUUCAAACCCUUCGCAUGUUUGUGAAGGAGAAGCUGCUUGACGUGGUUUUCCUUAUGGAAACCAAACUUCCAUAUGCUAGAGUCAAUUGUAUUGCAAAAACUUUAAACUUUGAGGGUUGUUGUGUAAGUGAGGUGGUUGGUAGAAGUGGAGGUCUUAUCCUUUUAUGGAAACAGAAAGAUAUGCUUGAGUUGGUAAACUUCUCAAAACAUCACUUUAAUGUAUUGGUAAAUGAUGCCCAGUGCAACUUUAAAUGGCUGCUGACUUGCUUCUAUGGGCACCUGAACACAAACUUAAGAAAACAGACUUGGAGUUUGCUUUCAUCUUUCAAGCCUGGUGACAUGGGUUGGGGAGUGAUAGGUGAUUUUAAUGAGAUCUUGUUUAAUGAUGAAAAGGUGGGGAAAAAACCCAGAAAUGAAAAUCUCAUGAGCAUGUUCAGGAACCUUUUAGAAGAGGGAAACUUGCUUGAUCUAGGGUGGAAAAGAAAUAAGUUCACAUGGUGCAACCAUCAUGAAGAUGAGUCUUUUACCAAUGAAAGACUUGAUAGAGUUAUAGCUAACCCAAGAUGGAAAUCAAACUACUCAGAGGCUUUAGUGGAAACACUUCCAGCUAUCUGUUCUGAUCACAACCCAAUAUUACUUUUCUGUAGUUUUGAGAGGUGCUUCGCAUACAAAUAUCACCCUUAUUUUAAAUAUGAGGCCAAUUGGAUCAAUGAGGAAGGAUGCAGUGAGAUAGUAUCUGAAGCUUGGCAAGGCAGCAAUGAAGGAGAGACUGGUUUGAGAAGGGUUUUAAACAAGCUAGACAGAAUAAGGAAGGGGCUUCAAAAAUGGAGCAGACAUAUGGUUAGGGAUAGAAACAGAGCCAUAAAGAAAAGACUCAGCUGUUAA